AUGGCAUUGGUCAAGCUUUCGCUCCUCAUCUCCUAUCUGCGCUUUUUCACACAGCCUCUGUUCAGAGGGCUGACAUGGGCCAUGGUCGCGUUGAUUGUAUCAUGGGCCCUUGCAUACAUGAUCGCCCUUUUCCUUGCAUGCAAACCGCUCAAGGACUACUGGGAAUCUAUCCAAUUCAAUCCACCGAAUUGUAUAAAUCAGAGCGCGUCGACGUUCUCCUUUUCCAUAACGAAUCUUGCUACCGAUCUCAUGGUCUUGAUUCUUCCCAUGCGAGUCCUGUGGAUGCUCAAGCUCCCAAUACGCGAGCGGUUGGUCCUGAUUACGGUGAUGGACAUAGGAAUACUGGGACGGCUACGACAUCUGGCUGUGGAUCUUGGUCGAAGUCAACCUCGCGGUGAUGUGUGCUUCUAUCCCCACCCUUCGUCCUCUACUAAAGAAAUACGGUUCUCGAAACUCCAAAUCCAGAAAGUCCCGAGCAUCAAAUGCUAUGCAACUGACUUCUCCCUCCUCUCCACCAAAAAUAUACAUACACACUACCGUCAAGCAAACGGUCUGGCAAUCAGACUCCACAGAAGCUUUCGCACUGGUGUAGCUACCGUCGACCGUGUAUCAAAGGUUAGCGAGGUGGACGUGGCUGUUGUGUCCGUCUUCACGGGCGGAGCCUUCUUCAGUGCUGUUGUGGCAGGCAUCGCUGCUAAUCGCCUCGGUCGCCACUGGACCAUCAUCUUGGGUUCUUUGAUCUUCUGUCUUGGCGGCGCCUUGCAUACAUCUGCCAAGAACCUCAGAUGUCUUUACAGCGGCCAGUUGAUUGCAGGUCUCGGUGUGGGCGUUCUCGUGAUGACCAUCCCAUUGUAUCAAGCCGAGAUUGCGCAUCCUGCUAUUCGCGGACGUCUGACAGGGCUGCAACCGCUCUUCAUUGGGUUAGGGGCUACGACUGCGGAGUCGCCCCGUUGGCUCAUGGAUCACGACCGACAGCAGGAGGCGCUCCAAACGCUUGCGAGACUUCACUCUAACAAUGAUCUUAACAACACAUGGGUUCUCGCAGAAUAUGAGCAGAUCAGGCGCACAAUCCAACAUGAGAAAGAAAAUGGCGCUUCGAGUCCAUACGAGCUCUUCAAGGACCCGGCAUCUUUUCGGCGAUUAGUUCUUGUCACGGCCAUACAGGCGUCCGUCCAGAUGACAGGAGUCUCUGCAAUACGAUACUUUUCCCCGAGCAUCUACAAACAGGUCGGAGUUGGGACAGCGCAGGCACUGCUGUACCAAGGCAUUUCAUACAUCUGGUGCAUUGCUGGUCACAGCCCGUAUACGCGCAACGUUUCUUUUGCAUGCGUGUCCCUGUUGCAUGCCAUCAGAAUCAUCGUCUCUAGUAGAAGACGCUUGGCCGAAGGCAGCGGUAGGCCGAUCAAGAUCGGCGUUGUGCUACUAUUAGACACUGGCCUGGCACAUCGGUGA